AUGAAAGCGACCAUGGCUGACGAUGUUUUCCUGACUCUAGCGUCGAUAAUGCAGGUACCAGAUGAGAUAAGAACCUUACUUUACACCAAAUUUCGGGCGCGGACAGUUCCACUCGCCCUAUGCAAGACCCCCGAGGACUUUGCAGCGAGCAUGAAGUUACCCAAGCCCGGUAAGAACGUACACGUGUUUUCGACAGCCAGAGCGGAGCUCGGGCCCGAAUGUUUGAAACACAGGGCGAGCCAUGUGGAUAAGAAAACCGGGGAUAUAUCUGGGGUCCAGGAAAGAGUGGAGCCAAUAUGA